GAACCUGCAGGCAGCGAUGUCGACUUUGGGGAUGGGGGACCAGCGGAGACUGCAGUCGCGGGUCCCACUGGCCCAACUGUUGUAGCACCGUGUCUGAAACGUCGCAUCCUGCAGAGGAAGACGGCUCCGGACGUCUUCAUUCCGCCAAAUGCCGUAGCUGUGCUGCCGGAGUUACUGCCCGAAUCACGACUCAGCCGGAGUUUGGGAGUGGACGUCUUCAGCGUCAAAUUCGGGAACAAGACACGGAAGCCACAGUGGCUGGUGCCGCUGGCUAUUCAAGGCGUGGCCGUUGUGCAACGCCCGUGUCUGCAGGCUGUGGUGGGCAAGGAGUCCGGGAAGGUCUACUAUGCCUCAAAGCCUCUCUCGGAAAGUUUGGCUGCCGUGUGCUUGCUCCAAGCUUCCUCGAGUGUGCAAGAAGCGUAUAGCCGGCUGCCUCUCCUGCUGUCGCCGAGCGAGGCCCAGGCCUUCCCUAGUAACCUCACUGUUACGCUUGCGGACGACAUUUACCAUGGGGAGGAUGCCACCACUGACGGCGCGUCAGACAUUGGCUGGCGUGAUGCCGUGCGCCUGAACGUGCUGAAAGAGUCCUCGGGCACGGAAUAUGUGCUCUACUCGCCAGUGCAGUUUCGUGGAUUCUUUCGACUAAGGCAGGACUUGCACGCGCUUGGCAAGGGCAUGCUCAUGGUGGAUCCGACCCGGGAAGAUGGCCUGCGACUUCGCCGAAGCUGCAAGAAGCUGGAGAUAGUGAAUGCUGAGACAACCUCAGAAACUCUGGGCCUGGACAUUACUGAUGACACCUGGGAGGCCAUGCAACCUGCUCGUGUGAACUGCCAGGUGACAGCUGCCUUAGCGAUGCGCGCCCUCAGUGGCCGGAGCGCUGGCGCGCGGGAAGCAGCCAUGGCGCUCCUAGAAACUAUGUUGUCAACGCUGCGUGAUGCGACAGUGCGGAGUGUCGCGAAGAAGUCCUGGGGGCUUGCCGACGCCUCGUUGGAGCCUCCGGAGUCAGCUAUCAUCCAACUCGCACGUGGAGGCAAGUCACGGAAAGACAAGGCUGCGUGCGAGAAGAGUGGUCAACAGCGCAUAAAGCGCGUCCCGCAGCAAGUGGUACGCGUGAGAGAAGGCGAUCGCGAGCCAACCACCAGUUUGGAGAGCCUCGCACGGACGGUCGCAGAGCUUGGCCACUGCGACAUAGGCGCUGGCACUAAACGAGCCCUGGUUGGUGGCGGUGGAGACUUCAGUGGCUGCAUGACCCAAAUGCGGCACAAUCCGCGCCUUGUGCUGCCUGGAGGGCAACUCAUUUAG